AUGUUGGCAUUACAGGGAAAAGGUGUUGCAACAACCACGAAAGCUUUUCCAACAACCACUACAGCUGUCCCAACAAGCACAACAACAGCUGCCCCCACAAGCACGACAGCUGCUCCAACAACAGCUGCUCAAACCACAACAACAGAUGCCCCAAAAACCACGACAGCUGCUCCAACCACAACAGCUGCUCCAUCGACAACAACAGGUGCCCCAACAACCACAACAGCUGUUCCAACAACCACUACAGCUGCCCCAACAACCACAACAGCUGCUCCAACCACAACAGUUGCCCCAACAACCACGACAGAUGUAACAACAACCACAACAUCUUUUCCAACAACCACGACAGUUGUUCCUACGACAACAACAGCUGCUCCAACAACCACUACAGCUGCUCCAACCACAACAGUUGCCCCAACAACCACGACAGCUGGUCCAACCACAACAGUUGCCCCAACAACCACGACAGAUGUAACAAUAACCACAACAUCUUUUCCAACAACCACGACAGUUGUUCCUACGACAACAACAGCUGCUCCAACAACCACUACAGCUGCUCCAACCACAACAGUUGCCCCAACAACCACGACAGCUGGUCCAACCACAACAGUUGCCCCAACAACCACGACAGAUGUAACAACAACAACAACAUCUUUUCCAACAACCACGACAGUUGUUCCUACGACAACAACAGCUGCUCCAACAACCACUACAGCUGCGCCAACCACAACAACAAAUGCCCCAACAACCACGACAGUUCUUCCAACAACCACGACAACUGCUCCAACAAAAACAGCUGCUCCAACAACAACAACAGCUGCUCCAACAACCACUACAGCUGCUCCAACCACAACAGUUGCCCCAACAACCACGACAGCUGGUCCAACCACAACAGUUGCCCCAACAACCACGACAGAUGUAACAACAACAACAACAUCUUUUCCAACAACCACGACAGUUGUUCCUACGACAACAACAGCUGCUCCAACAACCACUACAGCUGCGCCAACCACAACAACAAAUGCCCCAACAACC